UACCUACGAUUCCUCAUGAAAAACAUGGCACCAAAAAGAGAACCCUCGAUUAAGAAAUCUCCUUCAGGUGGAACCCUACCGAGACUCGGACCCCCGUUCCCUUGUCCUACUACAACAACUGUACCUCCAAAGCCUGCUCCUGAGCUCAAGCCCAGGCUACUACGCCCCUCCGACUCCCCGUUUGACCCCAGCACACUGGAGAUUGAGUUUAACUUGGAUCAAAUACAUGAAUUCAAAGAGGCCUUCCUCCUUUUUGACCGGACGGGAGAUGGCAAAAUCAGCUACAGUCAGUGCGGGGACGUAAUGCGAGCCCUCGGCCAGAACCCAGUCAACGCUGAAGUGCUUAAGGUUCUAGGAAACCCAAAGGCUGAGGAGAUGAACCACAAAAUGCUGGACUUCGAGCAGUUCCUGCCCAUGCUCCAGGCUAUUGCUAAAAAUAAAGAUCAGGGCUCCUUUGAGGACUUCGUGGAGGGUCUGCGGGUCUUUGACAAGGAGGGCAACGGAACAGUCAUGGGUGCAGAGCUGCGCCAUGUUCUCACCACACUGGGGGAGAAGAUGACUGAGGAUGAGGUAGAAACGCUUCUGGCUGGACACGAAGAUGCUAAUGGAUGCAUCAAUUAUGAAGAACUCGUGCGGAUGGUCAUGAACGGUUGAAGAUAAAGAAAACGCAUUGUCUGUCUCAUUUAUUUGUGUGUGUCCUGUUACACAUUCUUCUCCAUUCCUUUUGUUCAUUCAUUCCUCUACUAUUUUGCUUAUCCAUUCCGUUCCGCCUCCCUACAUUUGCACUCAUUUGGUUUUUAUUUUCAGAAGUGCCUUUAUCUUCCCCAGUUAAGAUCCCACAUGACCUCCUCACUAGUCUCCACACUGUCCAGUGACAUUAAAACCCCAUAGCUGCAGGAAGGAGGGUUCUUGUGUGCUGGCACUAUCUGCAAUAAAACCUCUUGAUGCAGCACUUUGCUACGUUGCAACACUGUCAUGAUGCAAUAUAUCCAGUGAAACUUCAGGCUCCAGUCGUGGACAGUGCUUUAGCAGGACAGUUGCAACUAAGCAGAAUCACUUUAGCAGACUCGUAACAAUAAAGCACAGGUUUAUUGUAAAAACCUUAAUAUCCAACCCAUCAUUAUUCAGCAUUUUUAUUAUUUCUCCCUGUAUGUUUGGACCUUAAAAUAAAAAAACAUUUUAAAAA